CAUUUAGUUUAUGAAAAAAGAAAAGAAAACAAGAAAAAGCCCUGCCGGAAGUUUCUCUUUGCGCAUGCGCAUCAUGUGAACGCUGUUCCGGUCGGGAGUGCAGCGUUUCAUGCUGUUUCAACAUGGCCGAAUCCGAGUCAAAGAAAGUGAUCAAGCUAGUUCCAGAGUAUCUUCUGAAGAAGAGGAAAACAUACCAGGCCAUCAAAGCCACACAAGCCAAGCUUGCUCUGCUCGAGAAAAGAAAGGUAUCGAAAGGCAAACCUUUAAAGUUCAGGCGUUUGGAGGAUUUCCUGAAAGACAGCCACAAAAGGCACAGAGACGAGACGCGCAUGAGAAGGACCGACCUGAGGCCCGCCGCCCCGCUGCCUCCUGAGAAGAACAAGCUGGCUUUUGUUGUGCGCAUCAGAGAGAUUAAAGGUGUCAGCCCCAAGGUGAUGAAGGUGAUCCAGAUGAUGAGGCUGAGGAAGAUCUUCAGUGGGACCUUUGUUAAAAUUAACAAGACCUCCAUGGCUAUGAUGAAGAUGGCGGAGCCGUAUGUUGCCUGGGGAUUUCCCAACCUGAAGUCGGUCCGUGAGCUGAUACUGAAGCGCGGUCAGACCAGGAUCAACAGGAGGAGAGUCCCCCUCACAGACAACGCCCUCAUUGAGCAGCACAUGGGUAAAACCGGCAUCAUAUGUCUGGAGGACCUGAUCCACGAAAUCUACUCCGUCGGCAAGAAUUUCCGAGCGGCCAACAACUUCCUGCUGCCUUUCAAGCUGUCGGUGGCCCGUCACGCUGCCAGGGAUAAAGCCGGACUGCUCAAAGACCUGGGAAACCCUGGCUUCAGGGCCACUGAUAUUAACUCCAUCAUCAGGCUGCUGAACUAAGAGGAGUUUUUGCACAGGACGGACACUGGGGCUCCACCUCAAAGGAAGCUGGAUUGUUGCAGGGCAGAUGUCGGCGAUGGGGAAAAUAUCAAGCUGUUUAGGUUUGAUGACCAUCCUCAUCCUCUGGUGACACCUGCAGCAGGCUGGGAGAUAAACCAGUGAUGUGAAAUAAGGACCUUUGCUUCAUCAUUGUCGUUAUGCGCAGGUUGUGUUGUGCCCCAGAGAAAAAGAACUGAAGCAGAGAGGCUGAGUGUAAAACAGCAAUUAUUACUGACGCAGAAACAUUCCUCUGUUUGUCCGAGGAGUUCAUCUGUAGUUGCUGCAUCUUCAAUAAAUCAGGUUGCUCUUCAUGCAUCUGUACAUGUAUACAACAGUAUGAUUCACUGUUAAUGCAGAUAGUUUUAUAUUAAAGACAUGUUUGGUGAC